AUGCUGCCUAUCAUCGGUCCGCGUCUCGUGGAGGCGAUGGAGGGGUUGAAUCCGUUCGUGAUUCCCGUCGCCGUGGCGUUCCUGGUUGUCAUCAUCGUGCAGUACCUCAGCUCCACCCCCAAGAGGCAUCUGUACGGCGUGCUGCUGGACUCAGGCACGCCCGGCCCGACGUACCGCCACGCGCCAAUCUCUCUCCCUUGCCGCUCCCCUUUUCCCCACUCCCGACUCCUCGUUUCCCGGUCCUUCCAUUCCCUCCUUCCUCGCCCCCCCAGCUCCACCCCCAAGAGGCAUCUGUACGGCGUGUUGCUGGACGCGGGCACGCCCGGCCUGACCUACCGCCACGCGCACUUCCCCACGCUGCUCUUCCUUGCCGUUCCCUCCCUUCCCCUCUCCCUCCCUUCCCUGUUUCCCGGUCUUUCCAUUCCCCCCUGCCCCGCUACCCCCAGCUCCACCCCCAAGAGGCAUCUGUACGGCGUGCUUCUAGACGCCGGCACGCCCGGCCUGACCUACCGUCACGCGCACUUCCCCACGCUGCUCGAAAUCCCCUUUGACGGCGCCACCACCGUCGCCUCUCUCUUCGUCAUCGCGUCCCGCCGCCACCACCACCGCCCGCUCCUCGGCACGCGGAAAUUCCUCUCCCGCGAAACAGUGACCAACGAGGAAGGGAAGGAGAUAGAGAAGCUUGAAUUCGGGGAGUAUGAGUGGGAGUCGUACUCUAGAGCGUUGGAUCGGGCGGAGGCGUUUGGCGGGGGGUUAAGGAAUGUGGGGCAUGGGCGCGGGGAGGCGGUGGCGAUUGUGGCGGAGACCCGGGCGGACUUUUACUUGGCGCUGCAAGGCGCGUUUCAGCAGAGCCUGGUGGUGGUGAUGGUGUAUGCGUCCCUGGGGCAGGAAGCGCUGGUGCACGCAUUGAAUGAGACGGAGGUGACGACAGUGAUCUGUGACCACAAGCAGCUGGAGAAGCUGGAGGAGGCGUCCUCCAAGGGCGAGCUCAAGACAGUGCAGCGCGUCAUCAUGAUGCCCGAGCCUCGCCCGCUGUCCGAGGCUGGAAAAGGGCCCACCGAAGCAGAGGCUAAAGUUGCUACGGGACAGCUGGCGCCAGGUGUCAAGCUGCUGGCGUUUGCUGACGUGGAGAAGAGCGGGGUUGAGUCGCCGGUGACGCCGGAGCUCCCACAGCCGUCGGAUCUGGCGGUGAUCAUGUACACGUCAGGAUCGACCGGGCUGCCCAAGGUAAGUGAUGCGUGCUCAGAGUGGGCGUCAUGCUAUCACACGGCAACCUGGUGGCAGUCUUCGCAGCCAUCAUGGCUCAAGUGCCUCCACCCACCCAUAUUCUUCUCCUCUCCCGUUCUCUCUUUGCUGUCUCCCUUCCUUCCUCCCGUCAUGCUAUCACACGGCAACCUGGUGGCAGUCUUUGCAGCCAUCAUGGCUCAAGUGCCAGAUGCCAAUUUCAACGAUGUGUACAUCGCCUACCUGCCCCUGUCACACGUGCUCGAGCUGGCAGCAGAGUUAGGAGCGGUGUCAGUGGGGGGUUCAAUAGGCUACGGCUCCCCUCUUACGCUCGUCUACAUGAGUUCCAAUGUCAAGCCGGGCAUCAAGGGAGACUCACCAGAGACGCUGCUCUUCCCUUGUGUUUCCCCUGCACCCAACUUAUGCAUCCACCCCACCUUCUGUCCUGUCUUCGUACCUGCCCAGCUAGGAGCGGUGUCAGUGGGGGGUUCUAUAGGCUACGGGUCUCCUCUCACACUCGUUGAAAUGGCGCCCAAGGUCAAGCUCGGGACCAAGGGGGAUGCGCCGCAACUGCGACCCACGCUCAUGGUGGCAGUGCCGGCCAUUCUGGACCGCAUCAGGGAUGCUGUGCGACGCAAGAUAGCAGCAGCACCACCAGUCAGGCGCACGCUCUUCAACCUCGCUUACUCACGGCGCCUGGCGGCCAUCGAGGGCAGCUGGUUCGGCGCGUGGGGCGUGGAGCGGCUGUUUUGGGACCUGCUGGUGUUUAGAAAGGUGCGUUAUGAGGGCAGCUGGUUCAGCAUGUGGGGUGUGGAGCGGCUGUUCUGGGGCCUGCUGGUGUUUAGAAAGGGUGGCUGCUUCGGCGCGUGGGGCAUCGAGCGAAUGUUCUGGGACCUGCUGGUGUUCCGUAAGGUGAGUGCUGUGGUGGGGGAGAGCCCACUCGCGUGGGGCGUGGAGCGGCUGUUCUGGGACCUGCUGGUGUUCCGUAAGGUGCGAGCAGCAGUAGGGGGGCAUCUGCGUUUCAUGCUGUCAGGAGGGGCGCCUCUCUCGCCCGACUCGCAACGAUUCAUGAACAUUUGCUUUAACCAGGGCUAUGAGCUGACAGAGACAGCAGCGGGGGGGACCUCCUCAGAGUGGGACGACUCCUCUGGCUAUGGUCUGACAGAGACAGCAGCGGGGGGGACUUUCUCAGAGUGGGACGACUCCUCUGUGGGCCGCGUGGGGCCGCCCAUCCCCUGCAACCUCAUUCGGCUGAUCGACUGGGAGGAAGGUGGUUACCGCACGACAGACCACCCGCACCCGCGAGGGGAGAUUCUGAUUGGCGGCCCGAACGAGGACCCACAGGGCAUGAGGUGGUUUCGCACGGGUGACAUUGGAGCCGUGCUGAUAGCUGGUGCUUGA